AUGAAUACCAUCCUCGCCUCCAUAUUCUCUCCACGCAAGACGUCCGAGAGCCAAGAGGCAGCUUCAUCGGCGGUGGCGCCCAAAUCAGCACUCUCUAGCAAGAAACUGGGGAGGAAGUCGGCCGCGGGACAAAAGAUGGAGAGAUCCCAGAAUAUCUUGAACGACACAGAUAUCUCUCCCAUAUCCACAAAGUCACCCGGUUCGAAGUCGCCGGACAAGAAAACAAGUCCGGAGAGGAGCCGCGCGGAAAGCCCAGCCCGUGCCGGCAACUCCUCGGAUCGGGGUGCUGAAGAUACAGAGUACACAUUUCACCACUUUGCUGGGUACCGCUGGAGCGGCGACUCGAUCGAGAUCGAAGUAGAGUGGGCAGGGGGCGAUACGACGUGGGAACGCGAAGACCAGCUGCACCAAGAUGCGCCCGACGCGCUUCUAGAAUUUUGGGAGAGCCAGGGCGGGCGCCCGGCGAACCCGAAUAACCCAGACUUUUUUGACAUUCAUGCCAUUCGAAAGCACAGCAAGGACCGCAAAAGGCUGCUUGUAGAAUGGGUGGGCUAUGGCCCAAAGGACGCGACGUGGGUUCCCACGGCCGUGGUGGAAGAAACCGCACCGGAGGUUGUGACCGAGUACUGGAAGACGGUGCAACCUGCUCGGCCGAAGCAGCGACGUCGACGCGGAGCGUGA